AAAAGUGUUAAUUUUUAAUUGAAAAUUAAAAUUAUUAUUUUAUUUAUUUAAAUAAAUUACCCGCCUUAAAUUCGAUUCGAUAAAUCGACUGAUCAAGUUGACAUCUUGAAAUUUGUUGUAUAUUAAAUGCUGGAACGUAUAAAUAUGUAUAAUCAUUUAAUUUUUGAUCAGUUACAAAACAACAGCAGUUGAACUUUGUACUUGUUAUCAUUGAAGAAAUAUUAUUCAAGUAAAACAUGGCUAAAGUAGGAAAAUCAGAUCGUGUUAUGGAGGAAACUUUAACUGUUCAAGCAACUUUAGAUAGAAAAUUUUAUCGAAAACUUAAGGUAAAUAUGUACAAGUGCGUUGCACAUUGUCAUGAAAAUAAUGCAACAACUGAAAAAGAAUUAGAAAAAUGUAUCGAAACAUGUAGUGUUCCACUAAUUAAAACUAUGGAAAUUGUUGACUCUGAAACUGAUGACAUACAGAUGAGAUUUUUAAAUUGUGAGGAAAAAUGUGAUAAGAGUGAAUUAAAUGGUAAAAAUAAUUAUGAUGAUUGUAUUUCGAAAUGCUCCAAAGAAUUUCGAAAUGCAAUUGAAGAUGCUAUUAAAAAAAUAACAAUUAAAGUUGAAGAAAAUAAAUUUUAAUAUUUUCGAAAUUAUAAUAUUUUUUUUUAUUUAAAGGAAAAAUAACAAAAAAAUAUUAAAAUAAUAUUACAAGCUUUAUUUAGAAAAAAAUUAAAGAGAAAUUUAUAAAGAAAUUGUUAUUCAAUUGUUCCACAAAAAGAAAACAAUGAUAACGAUUAAAAUUUAAAAAAAAAAACAAAAUAAUACUCAAUGUUAUUAAAAACAUUAAAAACAUAAAAACACAUUGAUAAUAAUUGUUAGUUAUUUGGGUAAACAAUAAAUAAUAAAAAAAAUAAAAUUAAACAAUGGAAAAAAAAAAUUUUCUAAAUAUAAAAUCAAAGUUCAUUGUGGAGUUUUGAAUAUAUUAUUUAUACAUUAUUUUUUAUUUAUUUUCAUUUAAUCAAUCAUUAUACAAUCUCAAUUUUUUUUUUUUUUCUAAAUUUCUUAUACUUUUCUGAUUUUUAUUUGAACGAUGGAUGUCGUAUUGUAUACGAUCUGAUAACUUCAUGUUUAUAACAAGUUCCAAAAAUUUUUUGAUAAAAUGUAGGAAUACAAUAAAUUUCUGUGAUACACCAUUUUUCAUAUAAACCAUAAUAAUUAUUUUCUAAAAGUUCAGGAAUUAUUAUAAAAGAACAACUAUUGUCUUUGUUGCCAAUGAAUUUCAACCAAUCAUUUCGAAUAAAUGAUUUAUAUUCGUCGUAUAAUACAAAAGAUUCUGUAUGAGUUACAUCAUUAGAAAAUUCCAAAAUACAUUGUUUCAUUUUUUUAUCUGAUUUUCCAAGUUGUGCUUUAAUUGAUGUUACAUUAUCUAAUUCAUCAAAUUGCUCUUCUUGAAUAUCUGCAACAUGGGAUCAAUUAGAAAUAUUAAUUAUUAAAAAAAAUAAAUACCAAAAUUGUUAAUCGAAAUUAAAAAUAAUUCACAUGUUGAUUGUUAAUUUUCCAUCAGUUUAAACAAGAUUUUUUUUUAAGCUAAAUUUUUAUUUUUACAUUAAAUUAUUCUGUUUAUAAUACAAAUUAUUUCUUACCACAUGUUGUCCAAUGAAAUUCAAUGCACAACAAAAAGCAACAUGUUAAAAAAAAUGUAAUAUUCAUAUUACUUUUAUGUGCUCUCUAAUGUUGACAAUAAUUCAAUUCGUACUUUUAAAAAAAUUAUAAAAUGUAUUUAAAAUAAAUGUACAGUACAAACAAUAUUAUAAAUAAAUUUUUCUACAAUUAAACGUCUCAACUGGAUGUCAACUUUUAUUUAAAAUUUUUUUUAAAAAUAAUGUGUUAUAUCGUUGAUGGCAACCUGUUCAAUCUUCAUAUUUAAAUGAUAUUAAUAAUAAAAAUGAUAAAUAAAAAUUUCGUAGAAAAAUGAUGACAUAAAAAAGUCUUAAAAAUUAAAUAAUUUACACAUAUGUUAUUUUUCGUGCUCUCUGAUGUCGACAAUAAUUUAAAAGGUAGUUGUUUUUUAAAUAAUAUUAUACAAUUAAAAUAAAUGUAGUUAAUAAUUAAGUGUUAACUUGUUUUUGAAAUAAUUUUGUGUUAUGUCUGAACGAUUUUGAUAAUAGAAAUGAUAAUAAUCACGUUCCUAGAAAAACGACCAAAUUAUUUAGAUGAUUUACAAACCAGACACUAAUGAUUAAAUUUUUUUAGUCAUUUAAAAGACAUAAAAAACAGACACUGACAAAGGUCAAAUAAUUAUACAAAUAAUAUUCUUUUAUGUUUUUUGUUUUUUCGAAAUAUUUAUUGACCUGGAUCAUUAUAAAGAGGUGAAUAAAAAAAUAAAAAAUAACAUUUAAUAAUGAAAAAUUUAUUAUUAAUUUAUUAAUUUUUUAUUUAUCAAUCAUUGUACAAUUAUUUGUUGUCAAAAAUAUGUUAAAAUAAUUGUUAUAAUAUUGUAAUUUUCUAUUAGUAUGAUGGAUGGUGUAUUGAAUACGAAAUAAUAUCUUUACGUUUUUCACAAUUUCCAAAAAUCUUUUGAAAAAAUGUAGGGAUACAAUACAUUUCUGUGAUACACCAUUUUCUAUACAAAAAAUAUUUAGAAUAAAUAUCUGUUAAAAGUUCAGGAAUUAUAAUAAAAGAACAACUGUUGUCUUUAUAGCCAAUGAAUUUCAACCAAUCAUUUCGAAUAAAUGAUUUCGAUUCAUCGUAUAAUAAAAAAGAUUCUACACGAUAUACACCAUUGGAUAUUUCAAAAAAACAUUGUUUUAUUUUUUUAUCUGAUUUAUCAAGUUGUACUUUUAUUGAUGUUACAUUAUCCAAUUCACCAAAUUGCUCUUUUUGAAUAUCUGCAACACAUGAUACACCAGAAAAUUAAUUAAA